AUGAAUUCUACGUGGUUAGCACAACAGCUGUCGUUUGCAAUCAUCUCGUGUCAAAAAUUGUACGAGGAUACGAGCAUGAGCGUCUUUCGUUUUGUUGCUGAAGACAACUGGAUUAUGCGAAUGGUCUUCAAUCACAUGGGCUAUGUGUUUUUCGGAGUACCAAUUGCUAUUCUUUUUCUCAUUUCAAAACAAUCAAUAGAUACAAUAUGGCCACGACCGGUUCGCUGGUUUGUUGUUCCGUUGAUCCGUCUCUUCAUUGCAGACCCAUCAUUACUAGAUCUGAAUGUUAAAGAAGCUCCAUCAGCUGCACCUCCGCCAAUUUCGUCAUCGCAAUCGAAAUUUACUCGUUAUCGUAUUUUGAAGUUGAUGUUUUCGUUUUUUGGCCUCCAAAUGUCCUACCUUCUAUGGGGUUUAUUACAAGAACGUAUUAUGACUCGAACAUAUGGGGACGAAAAAUUUACAAACUCGCAAUAUCUUGUCUUUGUGAACCGAUGUCUCGCAACUGUGAUGGCAUAUAUGUCACUACGCAUUUUUUACCCAACCAAGAAACUUUCAUCGAUAGGUCCACCUUUGUACAAAUUUGGUAUCAUUUCCUACGCAAAUUGUAUGUCAACUUGGUUCCAAUAUGAAAGUCUGUUGUUUAUUAGUUUUCCUGUCCAAGUCUUAGCGAAGAGUAUCAAGACGAUACCGGUGAUGAUCGCUGGCAGAUUCGUCUCGGGGAAAACCUAUCCUGCACGGCAAUAUCUUCUAAUGUUGCUCAUGGCCACUGGCAUUGCACUGUUUUUUACCGGUUAUUACGAAAAUAAUUCCGAUGAUUUACCAACUAAGAAAAAACCGAAAACGAAUAUUACAACAUUCAACGGUGUCGUUUUAUUAGUUUGUUACUUAGUAUUUGACGCCUUUACCUCGAAUUAUCAAAAGUUUGUCUUUGAUCGUUAUUCAGUAUCAUUCUUAAACAUGAUGUUUUUCGUCAAUUGCUUUUCUACAAUACUAACCUUAACAUCCCUUAUUCUUAAUGGUACCUUUUUUCAAUGUUUAUCAUUCAUGCAACGGCAUGAAUCGUUCGCAGUGCAUGUCAUAGCUACGUCAGUAUGUUCAUCGGUUGGGCAGUUAUUUAUCUUCUCAACUAUCGAAGAAUUCGGUCCAGUCAUCUUUGCAAUCAUUAUGACUAUGCGGCAGGCAUUUAGUAUCCUUCUCUCGUGUAUUUUCUAUGGUCAUCAAUUGACUUGGUUCUCAAUCCUUGGAAUUCACGUCGCAUUUUUAGCUAUUUUUCUUCAUGCCUUUAUACAAUUCAAGCGAAGUAUGCCUUUACAGACGGAUACCAAAAGUGAAACUAAUGAACAAAUCGAUUCUAACGUCCAGUAUAACGAUGACCCAAGUAAAUCUCAUGUUGGUGCAAAUAUUGUUUUAAUUGGAGCACCUGGUAGCGGCAAGGGUACACAGAGUGCACGACUAGCCGAUCGUUAUCAGAUCUGUCAUUUGUCAACAGGUGAUCUGUUGCGUCAAGCAGCCGAAGAUCGAACAUCGAUUGAAGGUGAAAGAGUUCGACACAUCAUCGAAUCAGGUGGUCUUGUCGACGAUGACACAGUAAUGUCAUUAAUUGAUAAAAAUUUGAACAAAACAGAAUGUCGACAUGGUGCGUUAUUCGAUGGUUUUCCUCGAACGAUCAAACAAGGUGAACAAUUAGAACAAUUACUUGAGUCCAAACAGCAACGACUUGAUGCUGUACUCGAAUAUGAUAUCGACGAUAGUCUAUUAAAAAGUCGUAUACUUGGCCGACUCGUUCAUAAACCAUCAGGUCGAACUUAUCACGAAGAAUUUCAUCCGCCAAAGAAUCUCAUGAAAGAUGAUCUUACCGGUGAACCACUCACGCGUCGUUCUGACGAUACAACGGAAACACUUGAUGCUAGAUUAAACACAUAUCAUAAGCAGACGACACCUCUAAUUGAAUUCUACCGUCACCGAAAUCUUCAUCGUGUAAUCGAUGCUUCUCAAAAAGUCAGUGAAGUUUCCAAGCAGUCAUUUGCUAUAGUUGAUCAACUACGUCAACAACAGAAAUUAGCUCCUGUCCGAUCAUCAGAAGACAGUGUAGAGAAAAUUGUCCAUGACGAUGUUAUUCCUGCGAAAAUGAAACCAUUACCAAGCCCAUUGGAUAUGAACGCUAAUCGCUCGAACAGUAAUUUUCUCACCAUAUACAAUUCGGUGACAUACGUCCUACGCGAGCGUGGCAUCAUCUAA